AUGCUUACGGAGAAUAUUCAGAACUGUCACAGGCUCGCUGAUACAAGGCAAUGCCCUCCAAGGCGCAAUCAGGGACGUGCCACUCGACAGUGGAGGUCCAGAUGCAGGUUGAGAAUUGUGGAACUAACACUCCCCAAAGUAUCUGUGAGACUCCUCCCAGGGAUUGGAGUCCGCCUGGACCUGUAUACUAGAGUAGCAAUCAAUGGUAAGAGCCUCCUAGGUUUGCUUGACAUUGCAGUGGAAGUGAACAUCACGUCGAAAGUCAGAUUGACCAUGGAUGGCACAGGCUACCCCAGGCUGGUGAUUGAGAGCUGCGAUACUCUUCUCGAUGGUAUUAAAAUCAGACUCCUUAGAGGCCUGCUCCCAAUUGUGGAUAAUUUAUUGGCGCGGGUCCUUAACAGACUGCUUCCCGAAUUGCUGUGCCCGGUGGUCGAUGUUGUCCUUGGCCUUGUCAAUGAUGAGCUGGGCCUCGUGAACUCCCUGGUGCCCCUGGGCGUACUGGGAAGCAUCCAGUACACUGUGUCCAGCCUUCCGCUAGUAACUGGCCAGUUCCUGGAAGUUGAUUUAAAUACUGUAGUUGGGCGGGUAGCAGGAGGCCUUGUUGACUACCCAUUGGGCAAACCGGAAGCUGUCCCCAUGCCACCAAUGCCACAGAUGGCAGACACCGCCUCCUCCCAGCUUGGACUCUCUAUAAACUUCCUUGGCUCUGUAAUCUCUCUCCUGCAGAAGCAAGGGGCACUUGAUAUAGAAAUCACUGAUGGAAUGUUUCCUGAGCUUCCUCCACUAACAACAUCAACCCUUGGAGCCCUGGUUCCCGCGGUUUACCAGAAGUUCUCUGAGCCCCAGCCACUGGUGCUGAAAGUUGCAGUGCCUGAAACUCCCAGGGUGACCUUGAAAAAAAAUCAAGGCUGGAUACAACUCACUGCUACCACGGAAGUGUUGGUUUCCCAGCCCAAUGAUGCCCACCAGACCCUGUGUGUUCUAAAUAUUGAUGCUGCUUUGUUGGCCCACUUUUCUGUUGAAGACAACAAACUGAAGAUCAGUGUCAGUCUUGACAAGACUCAUCUCUCCUUGGCUUCCUCCUCCAUCGGCAAAUUUGAUGUCUCGCUUUGGGAGUCGCUGGUUGGCAAGAUUUUUGAUGUUGCCUUCCUGCCAGCAGUGAACAGUGUGUUAGGAGGAGGCAUUCCUCUCCCCAGACUGAUGAACAUCGACUUUAGUAACGCUGAUAUUGAUGUCAUUGAAGAUCUUCUUGUGUUAUCAGCAUGAGUCAGUGAAGCCAGAUUGGAAGAGUCCCUUGCAUUAUACUUCUCCCACCUGAAAACAGACAGGCUCCGGCUUGAUUGCAGAGGCCUGAACAAUGUUUCUUUUCAUACCUGGAAUAUUGAAACAAGACCUUGGGCCUUUCCAAAAACCCAGUACCACCAGUUGCUACUUUGAUUAAAGCCUAGACUUAGUGGAAUCAACAUGUACCUGGUUUGCUUCAGAUAAUUAAUGUGUGGAAUAUUCUCUAC